AUGGGAGACAAUAAUAAUAAUACUUAUUCUAAUAGUGAAGGUAGUGGAGAUAGUCGAGAAGAUGACGGUGUUCGUCAUAUGCAUGAAGAUGAUACUACUACAACAUCACCACCAAGUCAUGGAUGGUCAAGCGAUGAAAAAGAAAAUAUUUCACCUAUUUGUCAAUGUUGUGGAAAAAGUUUUGCUAAUCAAUCGAAUUUAAGACAUCAUAUUGAAGUUAUACAUAAUAAAACAAAUAAAUGGAGAUGUACUUUGUGUGGAAAAGUAUGUUCAAGUAAAUCCAAUUUAAAAGUCCAUUUUCGUGUUCACGUUCGUGUUAAGGUUUAUUAUUGUAAAUUUUGUGAAUAUUCUUGUAUGCAUCAUAGUUCAAUACGUGAUCAUUUAACCAAAACACAUCCAGACAAACAACACUCAACAUUAGAACCAGGUUAUAAUUUUAAUGCACAAGCGGUACCCGAACCGGAUCAGUUCAAUGCCGUUGAUUUUGAUCCAAUUGAGUUUGUUAAACAAAGUAAUAAUACCCGACACACAUUAACACCACAAAAUGAGAUUGUGACACCACGACAACUAAUCUCACCAGUAGCUAAAAAACGUAAAAGUGAUUCCAAUCUUGUAUCACGACCAAAACAACAACACGCACCUCUAUCAUUCAAUCAACCACCUGUGCCACAACAACAAUUUCGACGAGAUGCACCAACAAAUCAAACAUAUCCAUUUUUGCCAUUUCCGGGUUUUGGUCUAGCUUAUUCUCCGUUUGCCCUUUAUUCUGGUCUCGUUCCCAGUAGUUUUCUUCCAAUGUUCAAUGCGGUAGCCGAAGGUUCACAUACUACCACUAAUACAACGACAACGACAACGACACCGUCAACAAUAGAAACUCAUUCUACUAUUGUUACUACGCCGUCCUCCAAUCGAUCUUUGCGUGUAUCAAAUAGUUUAAAAUCAUCUAGUCCUCCAGUUCCAAAAGCUGCCCAUCAGUCUCAUUUGCAACCAACAAGUUCGAGUGCAUUUAUUCCGUACACGUAUUCGGUUGAUGGUCUUUUAAAUUUAACAAUUGGUUCAAAGGCUUCCACAUCGAAUGAUGCUACUACCUCAUCAUCAACAUCUCCAAAAAAACGACGACGAGAAAAGAGUAUUGAUAAAAAUCUCGAUGAAGAAAAUGAUGAAAAUAAAUCAAGCUAUCCAUGUCAUCAUUGUCGUUUAUCAUUUUUUGAUAAACAAACAUUUCAAUUACAUUCUCGUCUUCAUACAUCCAAUGAUAAUCCAUGGAAAUGCAGAAUAUGUGGAGAAGAAACAAAGAAUGACAAGGAAUUUCUUAUUCAUAUUCUCAAAUAUAAUUAUCAUUCACUGAACAAAAAUGAUUAG